AUGGGACCAGUUUCUUUUCUUCCCAAAUAUCAGAAAUUAAACACUUGGGAAAGAGAUUUGGCCAAGAUGACCCAUUUACAGGCUGGACUCAGUCCAGAGACUAUUGAGAAAGCUCGCCUGGAACUGAAUGAAAACCCAGAUGUUUUACAUCAGGAUAUUCAGCAAGUCAGGGACAUGAUAAUCACCAGGCCUGACAUUGGAUUUUUACGUACAGAUGAUGCCUUCAUCCUGAGAUUUCUCCGAGCCAGGAAGUUUCACCAAACAGAUGCCUUUAGACUCCUGGCCCAGUACUUCCAGUACCGCCAGCUAAACUUGGACAUGUUUAAAAACUUCAAGGCCGAUGACCCUGGCAUUAAGAGGGCUCUCAUCGAUGGGUUCCCCGGAGUGCUGGAAAACCGCGACCACUACGGCAGGAAGAUUCUCCUGCUGUUUGCAGCCAAUUGGGACCAGAGUAGGAACUCCUUCACCGACAUCCUCCGUGCCAUCCUGCUGUCAUUGGAAGUCCUUAUUGAAGAUCCAGAGCUUCAGAUAAAUGGGUUUCUUUUAAUUAUAGACUGGAGUAAUUUUUCCUUCAAACAAGCUUCCAAACUGACACCUUCCAUUCUCAAACUGGCCAUCGAAGGGUUGCAGGACAGCUUUCCUGCUCGCUUCGGAGGAGUCCACUUUGUCAACCAGCCCUGGUACAUUCAUGCCUUGUACACACUCAUCAAGCCAUUUCUUAAGGACAAGACCAGGAAGCGGAUUUUCCUGCAUGGGAACAAUUUAAACAGCCUUCAUCAGCUAAUACACCCUGAAUUUUUGCCCUCGGAAUUUGGAGGAACCCUUCCUCCCUAUGACAUGGGAACUUGGGCGCGGACAUUGCUCGGUCCUGACUACAGCGACGAAAAUGACUAUACUCACACUUCCUACAAUGCGAUGCAUGUGAAACACACAUCCUCCAACCUGGAGAGGGAGUGCUCACCCAAGCCGAUGAAGAGAUCGCAGUCCGUGGUAGAAGCUGGGACUCUGAAGCACGAGGAGAAGGGAGAGAAUGAGAACACUCAGCCACUUCUGGCUCUGGACUGAUCCCUGAGUCACUCCAUGUCCCCGCAUAAUGCCAACCGUCAGUGGCAUCAGCCACCCAGGAGGCACAUGUGCAACUGACCCCUACAGACAUGUGUGUUUGGCUUGACACAAGGCUCUCCACUCCUGCCACCCAGUAAUGACUGUCACCAGCCCCUGGCUGGAGUAGCCAAAGUUAAACAAAGACUUGAGAGAUGUUUCUUUGUGUUUUUCAGUAAGGGUAUUGAAUGGAGGAUAAAGCAAGGCAGUUAUGUAAACAAGAUCCCUCUCCCCCACAUUUAUGGUAUUAAAUGAAUUGAAAAGAGAAAAACUAAAUUCAAUGCACACUGCAUUAGAACAAGGAAUUUUCUGAGGCAUUGCACAGAGACCUUCAGUUUCUGCAAUUUAAGAUUAAGUGCAUUUCCAAGUAGAUACAUCAGAAUAAAACUGUGCAGACACAGUUGUCAAGUUUAAUGUAGUACAAAAGCCCUGAGACAAUAGUAUCUCCAGUAAUUUCCAUUCUUAUUGAAUUAUUUUCUUUGACCUCAUCACCAGCAUCAACUUGUUCAGCCUAAGAGCAUGUUUUCUGAGGUCUGGCUAUUUUCAGAGUUUGCUUAUUUUGAUAUCCUGCAAAAGUGAUUUUGACAUCACAUCUUUUGUCAGGCUACCAGCUGAUUAUCAUGAGCAGACUUUUAAAAGAGGCACAAAAUGUGAAAUAUGAUUAUUUCAUCUUAGCAAUGUGACUUCCACAAGCAAUGUGUGCCUGCAGAUACGGGGGCGGGGGGUGGGGUCCCAUUGGAAACAUGUCAGUGGUUGGUAAAUCCAUUCAAGUUGCCUCACUUGGGUCACUACAGCUCAGAAAAGUGCAACUAAAGCAUUUAACUCCCUUCCCCUCACUACAACCAGUUAAAUGCGUAGAGAAAGGGCCUGGCUGUUGCUGAGUGGGUAGGUAUUCAAUCUUGGAGGAAGACCCUUAAGGAUGGCCAAAUAUGCAAGUGCUGAAAAUAAGAGAAGACUAGGAAUGCAGGAUGAAAUGCCAAAGAUCAUUGUAUUUCUUUGUUUAUUCUCCUUAGAAAUGAGUCCCCAACUGUCCAUUCAAAGGAAAUUAGAUACAAUUAAAGAUAUCACAGGACAUGACGUCCUCACUCGUGCCAUGUUGCCCCAAACCAGCCGUGUGUUUUUAGAGAUCUCCUACUCCCCCAUCACCUGCAAGGCACGGCCAUUCGUCAGGAUGACCAGUUGGUGCUCAAUGCCAAAUAAAAAUAUUUUCGUUGAUAAUGGGCAGUAAAAUAUGAUUUUACGUUUUAAGGAUUUCAGAGGGUUAAUUUGUUAUAGCUACAAAAUUCAAAAUUCAAAAGAAAGAGGUGAUUCAACUGGCCAUAAAUCACCCUCAGUGGAUAUUAUUACUAUUCUUAACCAUUUAUGGAUCUCUUUCUCGAUGGAUCUGGUGUUUUCAUUUUUUUUCUACUGGUAGAUAACAAUUAACAGGAGUAAUUUUUGUAUUUCUCCCUUGAAAUAAAAUUGCAAUAGAAUUAAAAAUAUUUCUGAGCCAGUUGUAUCACAGUAUUAAUAAACUAACUCGUUUUGUGUAGCAAUUUCAAAUUAAUAUUGAAAUAAUUCUACCAAAUGCGGUGACUGAAACACUUUUCUUAUAUACCGUGACAUAGAGACGAAAGAUGAAGAAUUAAAGUGAAUUAGAAAAUCCAUUUUAUUACUUGGUUUAUAAGGUAGUUGUGGAAUCCAAAUGCCUAAAAUGCAAUUAUUGCCAACUCUUUGCAACAGUAAUGACAAUUCUGGCUUUUCAAUUGGCAAUAUUUAGGAUCCUGUAGUGACCUGAUUUUAAAUACCAUAUUAUAAUUACUAAGUGAAAGAGCUUGUUUUUACUCCAUUCCAUGAUUUCAUUACAUGACUGUAAGAUGAUGAUCCAACAUUGACAACUUAUUCUUUGAAUUUCUUUGUGUAUGCAAUAUACAUACAAGAACCAAACUGUGUAAGUGACAUGAAUGUUACCACACGAGCACUGAUUGUAUUGUCCUUUGUCAGUCAUUUCCUCUGUUCAAUAAAUACUGAAGGACAAAAAUA